GUCAUUUCCCUCACCCUCACCCUCUCCUUAACCUUAUCUUAACCUCUUGUUCUUUUCCCUUUUCUCAAUAACUUUGAUUAUUCACCUAUUCAAAACGUACGCAGGAGGAACAUCAAUAUCGAUUACGGUUAAUCAUGAGUGGCAAAGCAGAAAAGCAACCUUUGGAUGUUGCAGACAGCAACAUUAAAGCGCCCCCCGCCCCAAUCCUUCCCCCUCCAAAGUCAAGAGACAAGGUCCCAGUCAAACCCCCCGCAUCUAAAGCAGCUACGGAUAACAAACGCAAAGCGUCUGAAAUCGAACAACCACAAAAUCUACCAGAAAUCGACAGUGAUGAUGAAAGACUUCACAUCGUUGAUCAAAAUUGUGACCAAAUUCGUCGCAAAAUUCGCCACUUUCUCGAGAGCGGUGAGAUGAAAGUUACUGAAUUUCAGAAAACAAUUGGCACAAAUAGCAGAAGUUACGGUGCAUUCAUGGGCCAAAGUGGCAAAUUCAAGGGAGAUCAGAGCAAUGUUUACACCAACGCGUUUGCUUUCUUCAAAAAACGAGAGCUACAGGGAGUCAAACCUCUCAAAAAGCCAAAGGUCAGCAAAGCCGAAGAACAGAAGAAGUUUGAUGUUUCCGCCAUUAAACUCGAUGGAGAAUCCACAACGUCCGUCCCUGUCUAUGAUAGUUGCGAUGAAGUUCGCAAAAAGAUACGUGCCUACCUCCGCGAACCCGGUGUGACACAAGCUGCUUUUCUCCGUGAAAUUGCAAAGACCUACCCCGAGGAGAAGAAGAUCCAAUCCAAGGUCUUGAAUGACUUCUUAGGCAAGAAGGGACCAAGUGCUGGAAACACUAGUUCUGCAUACUAUGCUUCUUAUGUGUUCUUCGAGAAGGUGCGCAUUAGAGAUGGAAAACCAAAGAGUAAGCAUAGAGGAGAAAUGGAGGAGCAGUGGGCAAGCGAAGGAGGUGUAGAUACGAAGACUCCAAGUUCUAGAGGCUACUUCUGCUUUGGCGAUGAAAGACCUGUCGAGGAUAAGUACGGCAAGGUUUCAUUCCAAUAAAUCUAAGGGCUUGGUAUGAUGAUGGCUUUUGUACUACUUUGGAGUUUGGAGGAUCACGAAUCCUUGCUUGGUUAAUGUCUGUACUCUAUUUGGCGUUUUGUUUGAUCACGUUUAAGGGUUCGUUGGUGCCUGAACUUGUAUCACCUAUUCCUCGUGUUUGAAUUGAACAAAAAGAUAUCGUGGUUAUUGUGAACUGUCUAACCGUUCUUUAAUAUACAUCAAUUCUACUUCUACUCUCUCUCUUAAUCUUCACA